AAAAGAAAACAGACUGCCAUAUGUACUUUUACCAAUAUACCCUUCCUUUUAUUCCAGCCCUAACGUGAUUUCAGUCGUCGUCUCCCUCCACAGAACCAGUCCUGGUUUUGAAGCCCUCACCCAUUCUCAACAUCAGCUGUGGAACUGAGAGAAAAACAUGGGUUUCGGCGCCCUAAGAUCGAUCCUUCGGCCUGUUUCACGGACACUACUAUCAGCCCACUGCACCGGUUCUUCUUUCUCUCUUGCAAGGACUCCAGCUGCUGCUUCUGGGUCUUCGUUCUUCGGCGGCGGCUGCCCACUGCACCGGGGUACUCGACAGAUGCUGGUAUCGAGUGCUUUCCACAGCUUAACAGACAAUCGAUUCCCUAAGAGAAGACCAAGUGAUAAACCUCGCAGGAAAAGGGCCAGCUUGAGACCCCCUGGUCCAUAUGCAUGGGUUAAAUGCGUGCCUGGUGAGCCCAUACUUCCCAACCAACCCAACGAGGGCAGUGUCAAGCGACGGAAUGAGAAAAAAAGAAUGAGACAAAGGAGGGCAUUUAUAUUGGCAGAAGCGAAGAAACGGAAAGCACAGUUGCAGGAAGCAAAUAGGAAAAAAGUUAUUAAAAGGGUGGAGCGUAAGAUGGCUGCAGUGGCAAGGGACAGAGCAUGGGCUGAAAAACUGGCAGAGCUGCAACGCCUUGAGGAAGAGAAGAAGGAAAAGGUCAUGGCUUGAUCGCCUAACUGGAAUCUUUGAGAGCAUAUGGUGGUGCUGCUUACAACUUCUUGGCCGCGUAGAAGUUGGACGUGUGAACCUUGAUUAUUGUUUUUCUGAAAUGUUGUUCCUUUUGAUCCCGUAGAGUGAAAUCCAGCCGCUGGGUUAUACAUUCUUGUUUUCUCAUUUAAAUUGACGCCCUUGUGCAACCUGGAAAUGUAUUGAGGCCUAGUUUUGGCUUUAGCUAGUGCAGUCUCGGCAUAACCCUUGUGCAACCUGGAAAUGUAUUGAGGCCCAGAUUUGGCUUUCGCUA